AUGAGAGGAGAAUUUGAAGGAGCCUAUGACGGCCUUUGCCUGUCGGAAUUGCCAAAAACGAUCCAAUGGUCGCCAUCGUCCUCCUCGUCGUCAUCCGUCAAUUGCUAUCCCGCGUCAACGACGACUAUCGUUAAAACCUCGAGCGGUGUCUUUCUGUGCCAACGUUGCGGACGACACUACUCGCACAAGGGAAAUUUGAUGCGCCACCUGCGACUCGAAUGCGGUAUUCAACCGCGCUACCAGUGCACGCGCUGCGGCAAGAGGUUCAAGCACCGCCAUCACUUGCAAGAGCACGAGAAGACCCACGUCUACGACGACCCGAUGGUCUAA